AUGGAAGAGCAGGUCAGGAUCGAGAUGACCAUGCGCGACGAGGGCAUCAUCCGGUACGAGAAGAACCACGACCGGAAGCCCCUCGAAGACACCAGCGCCGGACGCAAUCUGAUCCGCGCCGAGAUGGCUGCUGUCGCUGCCGGGAUCGCCGAACUGCAUCAGCUUAAGGGCACUGCCAUGCGCCGAGCUAUCGCUGCCCGCAAGCUCCGCGAGAUCGACGCCAACCGCGCCGCCUAUGUUGCCUUGAGGGUGAUGUUCCACAUGGUCAGCAUGAACCGCGUCUCCCUUCAGAAUACGGCCCUGGCUGUCGGUCGGGCGAUUGAGGAUGAGCUGCGCAUCGACAAGUUCGAGCGUGAGAAUGAGGGUGCCUACAAGUGGCAGGAAGCGCAGCUCAAAGCUCGCGGCAUGAACGAAGCCCACUCCCGCAAGUCGAUGGUCUUCCGCAUGACACAGAAGGGUGUCGAGUGGGACGACUGGGGGACCAACGACAAGGUCAACGUCGGCAUGAAGCUGAUCGAGAUCGUCACCAGCACGACCGACCUGUUCUCCUACAGCACCCCGGCAUCAGCCAACGAGGGUGGCCCAGGGAUGGCCAACAAGGCAAGGCGCGGGAAGAAGUACGAAAGGCAGAUCGAAAUCUCCGAAGCGGGGAACCAGAAGCUUGCACAAAUAGUUGACUAUGGGAAAACGUUGCGACCUGUUCUGCUUCCUACUGUGGUGCCGCCAAAGCCCUGGGCAGCGCUCGACAGGGGUGGUUACUACACCCCAUACGUCCCCAAGCAGCGCCUCGUGAAGGGCCGGAUGGUCGACUGGAAGCGGCUCAAGACAGCUGACCUGUCGCUGGUCUACCGGGCGCUCAACGCUGUCCAGGAAACGCCCUGGCAGAUCGACACCGAGGUCCUUGAAGUUCUCGAGCAUCUGUGGACCACGGCCUCAGACUGGGGCGUGAUCCCGAAGCGUGACCCGAUCCCGGAGCUGCCGCCCUUCGAUGGCGACACCGAGAGCGAUGCCUUCAAAGCCUGGAAGAUCCAGCAGCGAACCAUCAAGGACAAGAACGUGGCCAGCCGCUCGAAGCGUAUGGCUUUCCUCCGCACCAUUGAAACCGCACGGGAGUUCGCAAAGUAUGAGCGCAUCUACUUCCCCCACAAUCUGGAUUGGCGAGGCCGCAUCUAUGCCAUCCCUGGACUUCUCAAUCCCCAGGGAACCGGCUUCGUCAAGGCGUGCCUCAAGUUCGCUGAAGGCAAGCACAUCACUGACAACGUCGCCCUCGGCUGGCUGUUCAUCCAUGGUGCCAAUGUCUGGGGCGAGGACAAGGUAUCCCUGGAAGACCGCAUCAAGUGGGUCGAAGAUAACUUUGACAUGGUCCGACGGGUGGCAGCCAACCCAUACGAUAACCGUGAAUGGACUGAAGCGGAUGAUCCAUUCCCAUUCCUACAGUGGUGCUUUGACGUGGUCGGAGUUGUCGACCUUGGAAAGCCGAGUUAUCUCGCAGUUGCUAUGGACGGGUCUUGCAACGGCAUCCAGCACUUCAGCGCCAUGCUUCGGGACGAAGUGGGUGGACGAUCCGUCAAUCUUCUACCGUCUGAUAAGCCAAAUGACAUCUAUGCCGACGUGGCAAAGCGAACUCUUGAGAUCCUCAUGGAGGGCGACCCCGACCCGAAGCGUAACCUAUGGGCUGAAACCUGGGCAGCUGCGGGGAUCAUGGAUCGCAAGAUCACCAAGCGGCAAGUCAUGGUUCUCCCGUAUGGUGGCACUACUUCAAGCUGCCUCGAGUACACCCUCGACGCUGUCCAGGAGAAGCUUGGAGACGACCGAUCGCUCUUCGGAGAUGACCACUACAAGGCCUGCUGCUUCCUCUCCAGCGUGAUCUGGCGGGCUAUGGGUGACGUGAUCGUCGGUGCCCAGACCAUCAGGAACUACAUGCAGAAGCUGACCUGGAGAGCAUCCAAGUACAGCAACAAGGGCAUCACCUGGACAGCCCCCAGUGGCUUCCCUGUCACCCAGGAGUACCGAAGCCUGGACUAUCGCCGGGUGAAGACGCAGUUCCACGGUCAGGUGGUCAAGUUCCGCGACUACUAUCUGAUGGACGAGAUCGACCAGCAUCGGCAGAAGAACUCCGUGGCUCCCAACUUCGUGCACAGUAUGGACGCGGCAGCUCUGGUUCUCACUGUCGACCACGCCAUCGACCACGGGAUGUCGGCCUUCGCCAUGAUCCACGACAGCUACGGUGUCCAUGCCGCUGACGCGGAGACGUUCGCCAAGCUGAUCCGCCUGGAGUUCAUCACCAUGUACGAGGACUAUGACGUGCUCACUGACUGGGCCGACAGGCUCUUCCUCGAGCACUUACCAGCCGAGGAGCAGAAGGAAGACCUUCCCACCCGCCCCAGGAACGGAAAGCUUGAUCUCCAAGAGGUGCUCAACGCUGACUAUUUCUUUGCCUAA